ACAUUUAGAGGACGCACAACUGUCUCUCUUACACGUCAUUUAUUUCCCCCGCUGCUUGAUUUCCAGGGUUUCUGUGUACAUUUCCUGCAGAAAUCAUGUCCAAUUCGGUAUUUUCCGUUAUAUCGCGUUUUGUGGAGGAGUACAGGAGCAGCACACCGAACAAGCUGAAGAUGAUCGACGCGUAUCUGCUGUAUAUUCUGCUAACCGGAGUGUUCCAGUUCCUGUACUGUGUGUUGGUGGGAACCUUCCCCUUCAACAGCUUCUUAUCUGGAUUCAUCUCAUGUGUGGGAUCCUUCAUUCUGGCUGUCUGUCUUCGCAUCCAGAUCAACCCUCAGAAUAAGAGAGAUUUCCUGACUGUCUCUCCUGAGAGAGCAUUCGCUGAUUUCCUCUUUGCUCACACCAUUCUGCAUUUAGUGAUCGUCAAUUUCGUUGGCUGAAGAUCUGAAGACCAAAUGCCGCAGCUUGUGUACAGAACAGCUACAAACAAACAACUGUCUGCAGAUCUCUCAAUGUUAAUCUAUGUUUUGACAGAACUGUCAUUUAUGAUACGUUCUUGUCUUGUUUCUUCAUUUUUCUACUUUUGUAAAAUUCUCUGCAAGUUGUUGAAAUGAAUGAAAUGCCUAAAAAUUCA